UCUGCGGCACCGCAGCGCAUUUACCGCGGGGCCGGAGCGCGCAGCCCGCAGUCCGCGCCCGCCGCCGCCGCCGCCGCCGCCGCCGCCCUGCACGGCCCCACCAUGACGCACCAGUACCCCGCGCUGACGGCCGAGCAGAAGAAGGAGCUGUCGGACAUCGCCCUGCGCAUCGUGGCCCCGGGCAAGGGCAUCCUGGCCGCCGAUGAGUCCGUAGGGAGCAUGGCCAAGCGCCUCAACCAGAUCGGGGUGGAGAACACGGAGGAAAACCGCCGGCUGUACCGCCAGGUCCUCUUCAGCGCCGACAGCCGGGUGAAGAAGUGCAUCGGUGGCGUCAUCUUCUUCCACGAGACCAUGUACCAGAAGGCCGACGACGGGACCCCCUUCGUCCAGAUGAUCAAGGACAAGGGCAUCGUCGUGGGCAUUAAGGUGGACAAGGGCGUCGUGCCCCUGGCUGGGACCGAUGGUGAAACCACGACUCAGGGUCUGGACGGGCUGUCCGAGCGCUGCGCCCAGUACAAGAAGGAUGGCGCUGACUUCGCCAAGUGGCGCUGCGUGCUGAAAAUUGGUGACAACACCCCCUCUGCCCUCGCCAUCAUGGAGAACGCCAACGUGCUGGCCCGCUACGCCAGCAUCUGCCAGCAGAAUGGCAUCGUGCCCAUUGUGGAGCCGGAGAUCCUGCCAGAUGGUGACCACGACCUCAAGCGGUGCCAGUAUGUGACAGAGAAGGUGCUGGCGGCCGUGUACAAGGCGCUGAGCGACCACCAUGUCUACCUGGAGGGGACCCUGCUGAAGCCCAACAUGGUGACUCCCGGGCACUCCUGCCCCACCAAGUACAGCCCCGAGGAGAUUGCCAUGGCCACUGUCACCGCUCUGCGCCGCACUGUCCCCCCGGCCGUCCCAGGCGUCACAUUCCUCUCCGGAGGCCAGAGCGAGGAGGAGGCCUCCAUCAACCUCAACGCCAUCAACACAUGCCCGCUGGCCCGGCCAUGGGCCCUCACCUUCUCCUAUGGGCGGGCACUGCAGGCCUCAGCGCUCAGCGCCUGGCGCGGGCAACGGGACAACGCCAGUGCCGCCACCGAGGAGUUUGUCAAGCGUGCCGAGGUGAACGGGCUGGCAGCGCUGGGCAAGUACGAGGGCAGCGGGGAUGAGUCGGGCGCCGCCGGGCAGUCCCUCUACGUGGCCAACCACGCGUACUGAGCACCGGCCGGGGGCCCCCGGCCCGCCCCGGCCCCCGCCCCGGCCCCCCAUCCUCGCCACCGCUCACACCCCGCUUCCACCCCUAGCCGCCGCCAGGAGCCACCACGCGGGGAGGGGAAGGGGAGUGCGCCCCGUGGGCCGGCCCGACGCCGCCGCGUCCGCAGAUAACGUGGAGGGGGAGGCCGGGGCGCCCUGGACGCCCGGCCCCCGGAGGGUGCCGCCCGGAUGCCCCUUUGGCAAGGGGCUCCGGCGAGGCAGGGGGGCGGGAGGCCCGGCCGCGUGGGGGGCAGGAGGGGAGGCCUGGGGGUGCCCCUGCCCUGCCGUAGCUUCGCAGUCCCGGUGGAUGCUGCCCCCCCCCGGGGGCGCCGUGGCCCAGGGAGCCCCCGCCGCCUGUGUUGUGUUCUGCGUGUGCACCCUGUGUACCAAAUAGCCUAACAACGAAUAAACGGUAGAGACAGC